UGUUUCGCAAGUCUGUGCGUGAAGUACAAGAAGAAAAGAAAGAAAAAAAAAAUCAACGUCACCCGCGGUCAUCCGGACGAGUUCUCGGGAUAUCGCAUUAAGUACUCGCGCUGAAAGCCUGUGUAAUACACGUGGUCCCACCCGCGCCUGCGCAGACGAUCCGCGGUCGGGGGGAACUUCGUUAGAAUCCACGCAAGGCAAGUGGUUGCUGCGUCAAAUGCAACAAGUGCGGGUGCUGACGAAUUCCUGAAUUCCAGGCGCCCCCUACACAGAUGAUUCGCCGUUCAAUGGAACUAAAUGGUACUCUUUGCAACGCCAAAGAACGCCAGUGCUGAUCAGUGCAAUCCACGUGACUCUACGCGUAUUUAUGCGGCAGAUUCUCGAUUUCACUCUUUACAGAACCGGACUCCAAAUGAACCAGGGUAUCGGGGCGGGUCAUUGAACGCAUUAAUUACGAAUGGUCAGAGUGUCUGCUAUCUAUAAAUCAUCACAACCAUUCACGCUACUCUUCCUUACUCCAUGAAAGGGCAAUGAAACAGAAAAAAAACUAGUUCAACGCAACACCAGCUUUCCAUUCUAGUCAUCUGUCUCCGGAAGUUCUAGUCCUGGGUUCCAUGAAAUCUCUACACCCCACCGCCUAUCUGAAUUGCUGGUGAUGCAACUUAGUGAUUCCUAAGAAGACUACGCGUCGCGUUGGAUUGAUUUGGCAAAAACGACACAUCCGAAUCCUGAGUGUCAGUGCAAACCGAACGACUCCACGCCACGUACAUUCACGCCACCGGUAGAUAUUUCCACGCAGCACCCCAAUAACAAAAUAGAUUUUUCCAUCAAUGAAAUUCUCCAAAUGACAUCCGUGUGACGCUAACAAUAGUUUUGAAUCGCCGAACAGUUCCAAUUGAACACAACUGGGUCCUUGCAGAACUUAAUAUUAGUCAUACUGUCCCAUUCAUCAGUGUGUCAACGCGUUCCCCCCCCCCCCCCCAACACAUCCGCAGAUCGUUACGUCAUAUAUGCGUCUUGCCUCGUGCAACCUCUCAUCUCCAUAUUGACUUCUCUCCGUCUAGAAAUGUUCUCGUUGACACAAGAUUACUCGCUAAGCAGACCCAAACGCGUUCCAAGAAUCUCGACUUAAAAAAGAGCUGGUUACCAUCCUCAGGAGAUCCUGGCUGUCCCCGGCAGGAAGUCACGUAUCACUAAGCACAUUCCAAGCUUCUCCACGUAUUCGAAGCAUCUGUGCACAGACGUCAUACGAUAUAGGAACGCUGUGUGUUUUCACCUCCAAGACAUUUCCAUGCUCUUGUGAUUGUGUGCAAAUCAUCGCACCGUUUCAACGUGUCGAAACAUUUGUAUUAGCUUGCCAUAGGCCUCCACAACAACUUACGCGGCUUCAAAGACCUCCGUUCUGUAUGUGUUGUAAUGAACCAGGGUGGAAUCCAUCACUGUGUUUCGUUUUGCAUCAAUGUUCAGACACGUGGCAGACCGAGCGUAGGUGUGGCUUGUAUUCGGCAAUUAACACCGGCGACGGUUUUAAAAAUAUUCACACGACCUGCCACAUAUUUACGCUGGUCAAGAAUAGGAUAGCAUCACUUGGCCACCUGAACGGCCGGCGCUGGUUUUCGAGGACAAACACUCACCUGUACAUGUUACGUCAUACGUGGGUUGGACGCAAGUCUCUCUCUCUCCAUUGAACGUAUCCUUUCCCUUCCAUUCAUUACGUAGAUGAAUGACUGUAUUGAUGUAUGCAAAAUAGGUGCUAAAGUUGCACACAAAGUGCGAUUUCAGUUGCAGAAAACGUUUGACCCUGCUGGUUUGGUUUGUGUUUGUGCGGUGAAAUGAGUGAUCAGUGAAUCAAGAAAUGAGAGGUUUCCAGAUUACACGCCAGUACAUACUACACGAAGGGAAAAUAUCCGUUCUUUUUACUUACAACCACCAAAAAUAGAACAUCCAUCAGUUAUUUCAGUGGGUGCAAACAGCAGACCUAAGAAAUUAGUGAAAAGUAUUGUGCAAAAUGUGUUCCUCAAUAAACGUGACUCCGCAAUUGUGCCACAAAGAACACAUUGCAAAAAUAUUACAUUGGAUUAAUCAACAAAUCCAGCGCUCAAAAUAUCUAGAGUGAUGUGUUAAGUGCUUGACAAUGUUUGUUUUCUUCUAUCAAGAGUAGCAAUAACACUAAAGUAGCUAAGUAUCCACAACGGCUAUCAGAACUCGUAAAUCCUAGUCGAACAGUUGCCUUGAAUCGUGUGAUUCGAGGAUCAUUUCGAACUCGUUCAUGGGAACACACCAGUCCUGGCCAGCCCCGAGAGUUCUGCAAGUCAUGCGUAAACAUGUUGCUAUAUUUAUCCUGGGGUGUGACGUGAACGCUAGGUUUCGAGCGCAUCGAAAGCCCAUUAAAAUAGCAUUGCUUUCGGAUUCCAGAAAGUGACUUUUAAAUGUUUCGUGUGUUCCGAGAAAUUCAUAAGUCGAUUCUAGUCGCAUCAAAAUAGCACCAGUAACAAAUGUGUAAAUGGAUAACAAGACACCACAGACAGACCAUUACAGUAAACAUAGAAACUUGUAAAUAAUUGCUUUUGGAUUUUUUAAUACUGAAUUUAUGAGGGUACUAUUGAAACUUCAGUGCCACGUGAAACAUACAUGGUGUCUUCUGGUAUCAAGCCAACCUUCAGAAAAUCUUGUGACUCCGAUCGUUCUUGGACGAAAAUAAGAAAUUGGGUUUCUUCACCGCGGGGCUACCUCAGGGACCCUCAUUCAUCCACCUACGAGAAGAAAAAUACUCGUUCUCAUCAAUUGGAUCAACCUUGCAGGGUUCCUCUUGCCGCAGAAAGAAGAUAAAGAAGUGGUCUUGUAAAAACGUCUUCUUUCUCCUUUCGAUUGUAUAAAAUUUCCAAGUGAGUGAAACGAGAAAGUGCUUUAAGGAUCUGAUGUAACACAAGAGUGAUAAUAGUUCCUAUAACGAACAUUGCCUUUGAAUCCAAACCAGGAAUUCCAAGUUGCUGACCAAUAUUAAAUAUUUAUUAUUUUUAUUAUAUAUUUA